AUUGUGCGCCGAAAUAGAACAAUAUUUGGACGUGUUACCAGUCCUGUGUGUUUUAACAGGCACUGUCAUAAUUGGAUCAGCAACCUGCCCAUUGAAAUGUUGAAGUUCGCAGUUAUUUUGUUCUUGUUUGGGCCGAGUUUUCAAGUAGAUUUACCGACAUGUCAGCAAGGUGAUUACCAUUAUGAGUAUACAGAAUGUGACAUUGAUGGUGGCAGAUGGAGAGUCCAAGUACCUAAGAAACCAAACUCAUGUACAGGUGGGGCUCCACAUCCUGCUGUCAGGGGAAAAAGUUGUGAUUUCACAUGUGAUAAAGGACAGUAUUUAGAUAUAACAGGAGACCAGGAAUGUAAGCAUUGUCAAGCUGGUACAUUUUCCCUUGGUGAUGGCAUCAGAUUUGAAAAUUGGGAUAAAAUUCCAGAAGGAUUUACCUCUACAGCAGAGUCAUUCAGUUUCCGCCAUUUUGAAAUGGGAGAAGGAGAGGAAGCGGACACAGUGAACUGUUCAAGCAAUUCUUUUACUGCCAAAGGAAGUUAUCUGUCUGUAACUCCAGGAGAUUGCAAUGCUCAGUUGACAUACUCUGUUAAUCUAGUCAAGACAGGCUCAAUUCUUUUUGAGUUCCAGUAUCCGGAGGAAUCAGAAGGGUCUGCUUUGUUCCAUUUUACAAUUCAAAAUGACCAAUGUGAAUCUGACUUUGGACAUUCACAUAACAACCAAUGGCCAGCAAAAACUAAAAGUGGAGCUUGGGGACAUAUUAGUACCAAAUUGGACAAAGGAUUAAAUGUAUUGAAAUGGAGAGUAGUUGGAAUAGGUUCAGACAGAAGUAAACAAACAAAUACACCUGUACUGAUUAGAAAAAUUGAAGUUAAAGGUGUGGGUUUUACAUCAGUAUGUGCACAAUGUAAAAGUGGGACAUACAGCAGUGAAGGUUCUGAAAUUUGUACACCUUGUAAACCUAACACCUAUUCCCUACCAGGAGCAGAUAUGUGUAAACCAUGUAACCUGGCUACUGAAUAUUCAUAUGAAGGAGCUGGUGUUUGUACCAAGAGACCCCCAUGUACUAAGGAUGACUACUAUCAGAUCCAGUUACCUUGUGUCAAUGGAAAGACCCAGAAAUCAUUUGAGUGGAUACAACCUCAGAUUUGUCGUAAAGAUGUGUCAGAGUCAAUUCAACUGCCUGGUAAAACUAAUGCAGAAGACUGUCCACCUUGUAACCCUGGAAUGUUUUUAUCUAAGACUGCUGGUUGUCAGUUCUGUCCAGAUGAUCAGAUGUCUGAUGGAAAAACACCAUGUCAGAAAUGUUCAGCCUCUACUUCACCAGAUUUCAACCUAGAAAUGAAUUGGUUUAAUACAAUGCCAAACAACAUGUCAUCUGAAUGUGUACUUUUUUCUGAUGACACAUGUAAGUACAACUCUAGCUGGAUGCCGAUGGGAGACCACCUAGUGACACACUUUGGUCGUAGUGAGGAUGCUUAUUUAUUGCUGAUGCAGACAGUCUCAGGAUUUAGAACUACUGAAUCGAUGGAUCACAGACAAAUUGUUGGAACUGUGUCAUUUGAAUUUUCUACCCAGUGCACUGGAAGAUGUGAAUUUGUUUUCCUUGUAGAGUAUGAUGGUCAUAGUGAAGUGCAGAAAGAAUGGUCAGGCUCUAGACAGAAAACACACUUUUCGUUUGAUGUGUCCAAAUCUGGUCCAAUGACAUUUUCCUGGGCUUUCCAGCGCUCUUAUAUUGGACACCUAAACUAUGGACACGUGGCUGAAAAUGACCUUGCUAGAAUGUACAGUAUCAAAAUAACUAAUUCACUGGACGGUGGUGCUGUAGGCUGUAAAAAAUGUCCAAAGGGUGUGGUUGAUAAUAGGUGUGUUCCCUGUCCAGCUGGUCACUACAUUGAUGUACACAGCAACUCUACAACUUGUGAAGCUUGUCCUCCAAAUACGAUCAUCAGGAGAACUAAUGCAUGGGGAAAAGAUAAUUGUGUGGAAUGUGGUCAGGGUCUUAAGGCUUCGGCAGCAGGAGAUAAGUGUGUCACUGAUUGUACAUUUACUGACACGUCUGGCAGACUCUAUGACUUCACCAAGUUAAACAAGAUAAAGUUUGUAAAGGGAAGUAAUCUGUUUACUGGAUCUGGAACUAAAUAUUACCAUGGAUUUAACAUCAGCCUGUGUGGAGGAGACAAGAUGGUCACAUGUACACAAAAUGUUUCAUCACCUGAAAAGUCAACAUCAGAAAGUAAAUUUUCUGAAUCAGCUCCAGUAAAGGGAGUGGUUUGUAGAUCUACAAUUAUACCUUCCACUGAUCAACAGAAAUCACUCUCUACUCAGCCUACCAGUCUUGGUGACUACAUCGACAAGAUAGUUACAAACAAAAGCCUUGUUGAGAUGUACAAAAAAGAAGGAUAUCCAACUGAGGGAUCAGAAAAAGACAUACAUUUCUAUUCUAAAUCAGAAGAUUCUACAGACGCAUGUCCAGAUGGACGUAAUACAAUAAUCUCCCUGAAAUGUGAUCAGAAGAUGGAAGAGGAUGGAGAAAUAGUUUUCCCACCAAAAUGUGUGUAUGGAACAUGUGAUGGUUGUAACUUCCAUCUCCUGUGGAAAACUGUGUACGCUUGCCCCAAAUGUGCCAAGGAAGACUUUGUUAAAAUUGUAGGAGAAUGUGUGGAUGGAUCACAGAAUAUUCAUUAUACUAAACCAGAUCACUGUAUAGGAGAGCCACCAGCAAUUGAAACCCAGAAAUGUGCAAUUAAACUUCCAUUUAUUGUAAAAGUAGUAGUACCACCAGUUGUUGCCCUUGGACUUAUUUUACUGAUAUGUGUCAUAUACUGUUGGCAGAGAAAUAAAAAUUUAGAGUAUAAGUAUAUGAAGUUAACUCACCAGAAUGAACCAACCUAUGAUGGAGAGUUACCAGGAGUAGAUUCUUGUGGUUUGUCUGAUGGAGAAGAAGAUCAGUUUGAUUCUGUACAAUUUAAAACGAGCAGAGGCUCAAAAAUACUCAAUAAAAUAAGAGGCAAAAGAUCAGAUAAGAGUCCAUUAGACCUAUUUUCAUCAGAUGACGAGAAUCCAUUUGAGACGGGACGUUCUGAGAAAAUACCUCUAACGUAAAGACAACAGACAUUGUUUUAUUCCUAGAUGGCCUUAUGUAUCUGUCCAGUUCAACAAAAAUGAAAUCCAGUAGCUAACAUGUGCUGAUGCUUUUAUUGUCAAGUCACCAUUGUCUCAAUGUUAUAUUGAAUGAUCAUUGAUGUAUUCAUGUAUAGUUAAGUAACAGAGGGUCUUUCCUUAAUAGGGAAAAUAUAUUACCAUCUUAGGUACCAGCACAAGGUACCAGAGUGUAUUCCUCGUGACAACAGUACCUUUGGAUUUACAUAUUUAUUUUCUAGUUCAUCAUAUAUUUUUAAGCAGAAUUGUAAAUUGUCAAAAUGAUUGAUAUUAUUUCAGUAAAAUUUGAGUUUCA